UUUUAUUAUUAAUUUUAACUUCGAUAACUGACUACACUUAUAGAUUGUCAUUCGAAACGGUAAAGCUUAUGUUCUCAAUGUUUUUAUAUUUAAUUUCUUAUUUUAAACGUUUUCGUGUUACAAAUAACAAUAUUGAUCAUUCCUGGAAAUAAGUGCCAAUAUUUUAAUUGCCUCAAAACAACAAUACAGUUUCCCAACCUAAGUAUGUUUCGAUUUCCCAAAGAUGAAGUCAGAAGUGAAGUAGGGUACUGAACUAUGGAAAUAUUAAUCUACUGUCGCUUUCGAAAGAAAAAUUGUAUAGUAAAUAUCUUUGUCAGGAACAUUUUAGUCCAGAUGAUUUUAUGAAUCAAAAUAAGAAAAAAUUAAAGCCAACAGCUGUUCCUUACGAAUAUCAUUCGGAAAAACAAUCGUCUACAUCAGCAGGUAACUUAUCUUCAGUUGAAAUUGCAGAAUCAGAUAAAUUAACAUUAUUGACUCCAACUAAAACGUAUGUAAAAUUUAGAAGUGAUGCAGUAGAAUUAAUAUUGCCUAGUCUUUCAUCAAUAACAUCCACGUCACAAAAAAAUAAAAUAUCCAGAUUAAUUGAUAUGUCAAGAACUAAUUGUGAAGAAACGCAAGAAACAGAUGACUAUAAUAUAAUAAUCAAUCCAGUAAUUAAUGUACCUAUAUCAUCUUUAGAUAAUGAAAUAAAUGAAACGGAUUCUAGUUGUAGUGAUACUGAAUAA